CUACACGAACUACACGCUUCAAUAGACAUUGAUUCAAACAAUCCUUCAUUGAAUGGGAGUGAGAAAGUUGAAGAAACGGAAAACAAUCCGUCAUUAAAUGAGAUUGGUGAAGUUGAAGAACCUAAGAAGGGCAUGUGUUUUAGCUCAAAGCAAGAAGUAUAUUCAUUUUAUGCAAAAUAUGCGAAGCACCUCGGAUUUACUGUAACUUAUAGAACACAAAUUAUUGGACAAGAUGGGAAAGUAAAAUACUUUGGAAUUGAAUGUACUCGGGCACGCAAGAGAACAAAACGAUCAGAAGUACACCCUCUCGAACCAUCUUUGUCAUCAUUCAUUGAAUGUAAAGCACAGGUUAGAGCAACUCUACAAAAGGAUGAAAGAUUUAAGUUGACCACAGUUGUGCUUGAACAUACGCAUGACUUGAUUCCUAGUGACUCACGACAUUUUGCAAUGAAUAAGAGAAUUCUUACCCCUGUGAAGAGAAGACUAGAAAUAAACGAUGAAGUAGGGAUAGGAGUGGCAAGGAAUUUUCAUUCUAUAGUUGUUGAAGGAGGAGGGUAUGAGGCAUUAACAUUUGAUGAACGAGAUGCAAGGAAUUAUAUUCAGAGAGUUAAUCACCAUGGACAGUCAAUUUUGCUUGGUUGUGAGCUGUUAUCAAAUGAGAACACUGAAACAUUUGUGUGGCUAUUCAGAGAAUGGUUAAGUUGCAUGUCUGACGUUCCUCCAAAAGCUAUAAUAACAGACCAGUGCAGAGCUAUGCAAAAUGCCAUUGAAGUUGCCUUUCCACAAGCUCGACAUCGAGUUAAUCACCAUGGACAGUCAAUUUUGCUUGGUUGUGAGCUGUUAUCGAAUGAGAACACUGAAACAUUUGUGUGGCUAUUCAGAGAAUGGUUAAGUUGCAUGUCUGACGUUCCUCUAAAAGCUAUAAUAACAGACCAGUGCAGAGCUAUGCAAAAUGCCAUUGAAGUUGUCUUUCCACAAGCUCGACAUCUUUAUGAUUGUUUUACAAAAGAUGAAUUUGAUGAAGAAUGGCAAGCGAUUAUUGCAAAGUUCAAGUUAGAUGAUAAUGAGUGGUUGGGGCAUUAUACAGUGAGCAACAUAGGUGGAUUCCUGCUUAUGUGA